AUGGACACGAUCCGAUCGACCAUUCCUCAAGUGAAUGAUCUCGAGGAGUAUUUAACGAGCACUGGCUUCGCGAAAAAAGAUGUGAAAAACUGCGCCUUGUUUUUACAAAUGAUCGAAGAACAUAAAUUGAGACGGAGCGCGUCUACGUUCAGAGCUGGAGAGAUUGUGUUGGAACACACGAACGAAAAGCUACGCAAACGAUCGUUUCUGACGAAAAUUCUCUUCGGUUCCAGUCCUUCGACGGUGAACAAACACUUGAUUUUGUUGGAGCAAACGUUUAUUGCUUCGUUGGAUACUUCGAGUACGAACUUGAAACGAGCGUUGGAGCUAUUCAACGAGUUAAAAGCGAUUGUCGAAGAGACGUUGGGGCAGAAGAAUUCGCAACGAUUAAAACGCUUAGAGGGUAUGUUGUUAGAAGCGUCCGGAGAAUUCGACAAAGCGAUGGAACACUACGAUGCGAUAUUGGAAGAUCAACCGACGGAGCAAAGAGUGAUGAAGAGAAGAAUAGCAGUUUUUGAAUCUCAAAACGAUACGAAGAAGUGUUUAGAAGCGUUGAACAAGUAUUUGGACGUGUUCAUGGACGACGUUGAAGCGUGGGAACACGCUGGAAAGAUUUACGCGAAGCUGUUCAUGCACGAACAGGCUAUCUUUUGUUUCGAGGAAUGCAUAUGCUCGGCGCCGAGUAAUUAUCACCAUCACAGGCGCGUCGCGGAGCAGUUAUACGCUUUAGGUGGGUUUGAUAACUUACGUCGAGCGAGCAUGUAUUACGCGGCAGCUAUUGAUAUGUCCACUGGUGCAGAUGUGAGGGCGUUGUAUGGGUGCAUAUUGACCCGAAAUACGUUGGUGAAGAAUCACGCCGGGAGUAGUAACGAUAGUAGCAAUAGUAACGGUAAGAAUAGUAUAGAAGCGGUGGAGAAUUUGGCCGCCGCGGCGGCUGAACGAUUGGAGCAAAUGUACGCCAUCAAACAGGAAGAGUUACUAGGUAUUGUUAGACAAACGGUGAAAGUGAAAGAGGCGAAGAAAUGA